CAGCGAACUUAUUAUCAAUCUGGACUUUGUGGUGAAAACAACUCGGAAAUUCAAUUCAAUAGCAACGACCAUGAAGUGCGCAUUGAUUUUCACUCUGCUGGUAGCUGCUAUCAGCUGCAGCUGUGCUGCGCCCUUUGAUCUGAACGAUCUGUUUUUGGGCUUGGGCCGAAACGCGCCUGUGGAUCGCGAGGCGGAGCAGGAUGUGGUCAAGCGUCAGGUGGUGGCCAAUGCUGAUGGCCAGCUGAAGCAGGUCUCAUUCCAGACACUAAUUGGCGAUUUGGAGAACAGUCUGUUUCAGUCGGCGCUCAGCUUGAACGGUGCCAGCGCAGCAGGUUCGGAGGUGGCUGAGGUAAAGCCAGCCGCACCAGAAGCCCUGGAGACCAAUGAGCAUAGCGUUGUGAAGCGCUCUGAUGAGUCUGCGCCUGCCACGCCAGCCGUCGAGGUGUCCGACAAUGCUCAGGAGCGUAAAAUUCUGCUGCAGACCACGAAGAAGGUGCCGCAGAGCGAUGAGAGCGGACCCGCCCAUCUGAUCAUCGAUCGCGUCUCUGUGCUGCCACAGAGCGGCGUCUCUGUGCCCCUGAUACCCACCUUCCAGGUGCAUCACACCAAGAUCACAUCGGCCACCAUCACCGAGGAUGCGAACAAGGAUAGCAGCGAUGGCAAACAGACCAAGAUUAGCAUCACGAAGACCUCCAUUACCUCAACGGCGCCAGUCGAGAGUGUCGAGGCGCAGAGCACCUCAACCAGCGCAAAGCCCGAGCUGGCCAGCACCACAGAGAAGGCAACCACCAGCGAGGCGACCAGCAGCGGCAGCACCACUACCAGCACCACGACCACCAUUACCAGCAGCAGCACCACCGCCGCAGAUCAGCCAAUUGUGAAGCUGAAGCAGGUGGAGGAGAAGCUCAAGGCUAAGGUCGCCGAGGUAGAAGCUGAGCCUGUCAUACUGACCGCACGUGUCUAACCAUUUCGGAGACACUCUAGUCUUAGCCAACUCUCAACUCACCAACUCACUCACUCACACAUACAUAUACACAUACAUAUACAUAUUUAUAUCACGCUAAGUUGAAUUAAAGUCAUGUGAUUUGAUCUGAAGCCCAAAC